UAGAGCUUACCCCCUCAUCGAAACACACACACACCCCCCCCUCCCCCCCGCCCUUUUUUCCAAUCUCAAGGCACGCUCCAACCCCGAGCUGCAAUUCUCCAACACUGGUGUAACAUUCUAUGGGGACACCGUUGCUCCCCUUUUUCCUUAUGGUAUAGAGAUAAGAGUGAGGAUAAGGAAAACAAUUAAGAGAAAAGAUAUGAAGCUGAUACUCGGAAUAGCAACAAGGGUAUGGUACAUUGUCAUGGUGGUUAUGCCGUCUUUGGCAAUACGAGAUGGAGUUGUCCGGGAACAACUACAAGUUCCUGAUUACCCUACUGUAACUUUCGACUUCGAAGACGGUGCUUCCGGCUACUCAACAUUUAUGACAAGUCUGCGCGGGAAUUUUACAGGCCCCUUUACGGUUUGCGGUCUACCAGUGACGCGAAACCAAUCAGCCCCAGGGGGCGAGUAUGUGCUUGUGGAACUCAAAAUUAGCGACAGGCAAUGGGUUACCGUAGCCCUUAAAGUCACCGAUCUGUAUUUGGUGGCUUACAGUGUUAACAAACUAUAUAGUGGCAAGUAUCGCGCCAUUUUUUUUAAUGAGCCAGACGUAGCUGUUGCUAAGACUAAGCUUUUUAUAGGCUCAACACAAGUCACACUUGCGUACGAUAGCAACUACCGAAAUAUCCAGAAAUACUCAACAAAAGAGAGAGAGAAACUUGAUUUGGGACUUUCUGUUCUACGUGCAAAGAUCAAUGCUUUUUACGAUGAAAAACCCGUAACAAGUUUUGAUGAGGCCGACUUCUUCCUUAUCGCCAUCCAAAUGGUGGCGGAGGCUGCCCGAUACAAAUAUAUCGAGGAUAAGGUGGUGGCAACCGAGUACACUGCUUUUAAACCUGAUGCCAAAAUGAUGAAAUUAGAGAAUGACUGGUCCAAGAAUUCGGAAACUCUGCACAAAGCAAAGAAGGAAAAGAGAUGUCAAAGUCAAGAAGUGAUGGACAUAAAAAAAGACAUAAAACUACUCUUGCACGAGAAAAACCAGCGCAAUAUAAGUGUAUCUGGUGGUGGGUUAUGCUCUCAGAUUGCGAGCAUUGUUGUCAAAACUGAUGUUAUCGAGGGGUGAAAUUCAACAUUUCUAACUAUUAUAACUUAUAAUACCACAAAAAAAAAAAAAAAACUCUUUAUUUUCUUACUCACUUUCAAUUCCUCUAUUUCUCCCUCUGUUUUUUCUAAAAUCCCUUUAUUAUAAGUUAUAACAGUUAGAAAUAUGUUACUCCUCAAUAGAGGAUGGUGUACUAAAAUCUUAAUUUCGAUGAAGCACUCACUAUAAUAUUGUCCUUGACUACUCAAUAAGGAUAACCGUACGCAAGUAGCUAAUUAUAAUAUUGUCUUUUGUGUGUAUAAUGUGUUUCUUAUCAUCACCAAAAUUUCAGAAACACUUGAGUUGGUUGUACGUACUAUUGUGCUUUAGUUGGUUGUAUCAUCGUACGAACUUAAUUGAAUAAAAAAGAUUUAUCGUGCUUUGAUGAGAUAAA